CCCUCAUCCGUAUAUCCGCAAAAAUCCAAACUUUUUCUCAUUUCCAUCAGCUAAUUCUUCCUUAGCUGAAAGACUGAAACUCAAUAUCUUCUUCCGCCCAAAUAAGCAGCAAUUCGGCUCAAUUCUUCAAUCAGCUUCUUCAAUUAGUUACCCUCCAGCCUAAUACAAGUUAGGAUUUCACUUGUAAUCUCAGUUUCAAAAAAAUUUCGCUGAUUUGUUCUUAUAUAUCGCUGUAAAUUGAUUCCUUUUUUGGCUGAAUUCGAAUCAAUUUUUCCAUAGAACUUGUUUUUCAGAUCAAAGAGAUUUACUUUUUGAUUUGGAGAAUAGAUAUGUUCUAUGGGGCAGUGGUGUGGGAUCCAUGGCUGAUUGUUGCCCAAAUCGUUUGUCUUCAAUGUCUAUACUACUUGACGCUGGGGAUAUUCAUGGCAGGUCUAGUAGGGACUAGGGUUUCCCGAAUUAGUCUAGUGUAUUUCUUCGAUUACGCCAGUGUUACUGUCUCUACUAACACGGGGUGGUGCGUCAUUACUUCGUUUAUUCUCAGCUCAAUUGCAGGAGCUGGCUACUUGGUCUAUGUUAUUGAGAGGGCAAAGAAGUGUUUAGAUUUUGCUUCCACCCUCUAUGUUAUCCAUCUUUUUACAUCUCUUGUCUAUGGGGGUUGGCCUUCUUCAUUAACAUGGUGGGUGGUGAAUGUUACGGGGUUUGCAGUGAUGGCAUUGCUAGGCGAGUACCUGUGCAUAAAACGUGAAUUAAGAGAAAUUCCAAUAUCAAGAUACCGGUCAAGUGUUUGAUGUAGCAGAAUUCAACAGCAAGGAUCAAAUUUUGCUUUCAGUUUGCUGGUGGGUUCUGUUUAACAUGUGGAUUGGCAGGCUCUGAUGCUUCUGCGAAUGAUAUACUUUCCAUGUUGGGGUCAAACAAUGAAGGAAAAUAAGUAAAAGAGAAGCAUAAAAGCAAGACACAACAGUAGAAAUGAUAAGUAAACUUCAAGUAUUUCAAGAAUUGAUUUUCUUCGGACUGAGAUGUGGGAGGGGAUGCUUACUGCAAUGCCAAGCCCAAUCGGCACUGAGAUGAAAAGAACACCAAAAAAAGAACACAUACAGGCGAAGAAAUCAAGUUUGUCAACUUUCCACAGUUGCAAAGCAGCCUUAUAAUCUAUUAGCCCAAUCACAGCUGUGAUUAUAAUCGCUGCCAAGAUUACGUUAGGUGUGUAAUAGAACAAGGGCAUGAGAAACAGGAGAGUGAUUAGCACAGCUGUUGCCAUUACUAUAUUUGAUACUGCAGUUUGUCCUCCAGCAUUGUUAUUGACUGCAGAUCGUGAAAAUGAUCCUGCAACAAACAUUGUUUUUUUUAAAGUAAAUCAGGCACUUCUAAAAAAUUAGUUCAA